AUGUUUCGGGGCGCUCAAACCAACGCGUAUGAUGAGAUUGUUGCCAAGACGACCGAUGAGAACCUCACGGGAGAGAACUGGGAACUCAUCCUCAACUUGUGCGACAAAGUGACUGACGAAGGAGAGCAGGGUGCACGUAAUGUUGUUGCUGCGAUCUUGAAGCGCCUGGCGCAUCGCAACGCCAACGUCCAGCUUUACGCUUUAACUCUCGCCGAGGCACUCACGAAGAACUGUGGAAUCGUCGUUCAUCGCGAGAUUGCGUCUCGCGCCUUCACACAAGGGCUCGAGAAGAUAAUCACAGACAGGACGACUCACGACAAAGUUCGCAAACGCGCUCUUUCGCUAAUUGCCAUGUGGACGGCCGAAUUCGAGCACGAUCCAUCGCUGGGCAUAAUGGAGGAAUGCUAUCAUAAUCUUCAAGCGAAGAAUUAUAAGUUCGAGACUCCACAAGAGGCCCCGCCUCCUGAUGUUGAUGACGAGAUCCGCAGGCGUGAGGAGGAAGAGCUGCAGCGUGUUCUCGAAAUGAGCGUGCAGGACAAAGGUGGACGUGGCAACUGGGCCGAAUACUCCGCAUACUCUGCUCCUGGAGCUGGGUCUUCCUCUGGCGCUGGCCCCUCUGGUUCAAGCGCGGGACCAUCCGCCGCAUCAUCAAGCUCUCGCUUUGGUACAUCCUCAUCUUCAUACGCAGGUCCUUCGUCCGCUGCGGGCUCCUCGAAUUCGCUCCAGGAUCAUCCUGAGCAGAGUAAGCCUAGUUAUGCUGCUUACUCGCCUGCAUAUUCUGGAGGAUACGCGCCUGCGGCGGCACGGAGUCCGUCGCCGGUCGUCCCAACGCCCACUAGCUAUACCUCUCAAACUACUGUGGGGGCAGGUUACAGCAUCCAGACCCCGGUUCCAACUAGUACCACGCCUGCUCCCGCUGACCCCGUGCAGCCUAGUGCAUCCGUUGUUACUCGCGUGCGGGCUCUUCAUACCUUCGAGACCACGGAACCGGGGGAACUCGCAUUCGGGAAGGGUGAUAUCAUCAAGGUAGUGGACCGUGGCUACAAGGACUGGUGGCGUGGUCAGCUCAAGGGCAGAACCGGAAUUUUCCCAGUCAAUUAUGUGGAACCUCUUCCGGAACCGACGCCUGCUGAGCUGGCCAGAGAGGCAGAACAAGAAGCGGCGGUUUUCGCUCAGGCAGCUAAUGUUGAUCGCCUACUCACCAUGCUUCGUGAAAUGGAGAAAGGAAACAGUAAUGAGAAUCUGGCCGACAACGAAGAAAUCCAAGAGUUGUACCGGACCAGUAUGGCUUUACGUCCGAAAAUCGUAAAACUUAUCGACAAAUAUAGUCAGAAGAGGGCUGAUCUCGUUUCAAUGAACGAGACAUUCGUGAAGUCAAAGGCUAUCUAUGACCGCAUGAUGGAGGAGAGCAUGGCCAGAGUGGACGCUUAUGCUCGUCCCGGGUAUCGUCCUUCGCAGUAUGCAACGCGGCCGGAGCCACAUUACGGCGGGCAUACUCCGGCACCGGCUGCCCCUCAGGCCUACGGAUGGAACGCCAACUUGUAUGAUCAACCUGGCUACAACGCGUAUCCGGCACCUGCUCAGGCUUACCCUCCCGGCCACGAAGGGACUUACCCGACCCUUCCGGCUCAAUCUCACGUCAUGCCUCAGCAGCAGCCAUCCGCCGUGCCACCUCAAGGAUAUGAUCCCAACCUCUAUCAGCAACCUCCCGUGCAGAACUCGGCAGGUUAUGCACCAAGUUAUGGACCGGGCCCCACUGGUCAGAGUAUUCCCCAGCAGCCUGCUCCAUAUCCUACUGCCACCCCAGGGUCAGGUGCCACCGGUACCACACAGCCCCAAGGUCAGGCACAACCUGGUUAUGGCGGGCCCGCUCCUGGUGCAUAUGGACCGGGGUACGCACAGAACGCUGUACAACUUCAACAGGCACCAUUGUCACAAGGCACCGCGCCUGGAGGUCCACAGCCCGCAGUGCAUAGCGCUCCUGGACAACAACCUCAGCUGGAAGUCCAGCAACCCAAUCAAGCUCACACACAACCCCAACAGCAGGCGCAGGGCGCUUCCGGCCCGCCCUACGCCUAUGACCCCAACACAACAUACGCCGAUCCCAAUGUCCAGGCCUGGGCUCAGUACUACGCACAGGGCGGUAAAGACCCGACGGGCGCUGUGUACUUCCUUUCUGUCCCCGGCGUCAAGGAAGGCCCUCCUCCAGCUGACACUGCUUCCACCCCUGCAUCCUCAGCGACCGUUCAUCCGCAGCCUGCUAUGCAGAAUCACCCUGGUGUAGUGCAGCCGGCGUCACCACAGGGAUUACGCGAACACUCGCUGUCCUACGGAAGUCCGAGCGAACCCCAACCAUUGGAGUCCAGUCUGUCGAGAAACACGAGCGUCGCGAGCACCGCAACCCAGCACUCCUUGGCGCAUAACCUUCCACCGAUCGAGGCGACGUCGCCUCUGACCCCAUCUAGCCCGUACUCGCAGAGCGGCGGUUCUCCCCCUGUUUCUCAACCUAGUAUUCAGCAGUUCAGCUACGGCGCGGCGGCUUCUGGACCGCCGGGCGGUGCUCCCGGAUAUGCUGCAGCGCCACAGAGUCCGACUCAAGGAAGUGAUUUGGCGUCCCAGCAGGGAUGGCACACACAGUAUCAGACAGUAACCAACCAGAUGGCCAAUAUCCAUAUGGGUUCUGAACUUGGUCAGACGCCCGGUAGUCAACCACCACACUCGCCUCCACCGGGUGUAGGCGCCUCUGCGUAA